AGUUGUCAAAAAAAUGUCAGCCAACAAGGAAAGUAACCUUGUUCAGGCUUAUGUUGAAUUAAAUAAGUUUUGCCAAAGUGGUGAUUAUGAUCGAGCCUUAAAAGCAACAGGAAAAAUUCUGCAAAUAGCUCCAAAUGAGCAGAAAGCGUUCCACUGCAAAGUGGUGUGCUUCAUUCAGCUGCACAACUUCAAGGAGGCCCUAGCUAUCCUCACGAACGCUAAGAAUGCAGCGCUGGCCGCUGACUUGCACUUCGAGAAGGCGUACACCCAGUACCGGCUCAAUACACCGAAGGAAGCUUUGCAGACCGUUGACGCGGCUCCUGAGCUGACGCCUGCUUUGAAAGAGUUAAGGGCUCAAAUUUUAUACCGACUAGAAAGGUACCAGGAUUGCUACAACUUGUACCGAGAUGUGGUCAAGAACAGCACCGAUGAGUACGAGGACGAGAGGAAAGCCAAUAUGGCUGCUGUGGUGGCCAACCUUGCUGCCGUUAACCCAUCCGCCGACCUGCCGCAGUUCGAAGAGACAACCUACGAGCUAGCAUACAACACUGGCAGUACAUUGGCCAUGCGCGGGCGGUUUAGCGACGCGUUACCCGUACUAAGGAGAGCCGAGGCCUCGUGCGCUGAGAGCGUCAUCGACGACGGAGGCACCGAGGAGGAGGCGAAGGAGGAGGCUGCUAUCAUCAGGGUGCAGCAAGCCUACUGCCUACAGAUGUCGGGCAAGGAGAAGGAGGCUGCAAGCAUUUACCAGAACGUGCUGAAGGACAAGCCCUCCGACCAGGCUCUGGUGGCCAUUGCCAGCAACAAUCUGGUGGUUAUCAACCGCGACGGGAACGUGUUCGACUCCCGCAAGCGUAUGAAGGCGGCCACGGCGGACGGGCUGGAGCACAAGCUCAACUCGCGCCAGCGCGCCGCCGUCGCCUACAACCAGGCCGUGCUGUGCAUCUACUCCAACCAGCCGGACUUCUGCAAGCAAUGCUGCGUGAAGCUUGCCCGCGAGUUCAACCAGGAGCGUAAGGCUGCGUUGGUGGAGGCGUCUUCGCUCGCCAAGGAGGGCAAGACGGCGGCAGCAGUGGCUUUGUUGUUGAAGUAUGGCGGGGACCUCACUUUCGCCGCUGUGCAGGUUUUGUUGGCUCAGGGUGACCGCAAAGCAGCCAUCAAGCUGCUGGAAGAGAGCGAGUACAAGUUCCGCGCGGGCGUUUUAGGAGCGCUUGUGUCGCUACGCGCGGCGGCCGGCGAGCACGCGCGCGCCUCGCAAUUGUUCCACGAGGUCUACCAGCACUACAAGCACGACCAGGAGAAAUUAUCAUCGCUCCGUUCCGUAUGGCGAGCGGCCGCAGCGGCUCACGCCCGAGCCGGUGACAAAGCGGCUGCCGCGGCGGCGCUCGAAGCCCUUGCCAAGGCUGCGCCGGGAGACACGCGGUCCUUGGCGCGCCUGGUCAAGGCCUUGGCAGCCGUGGAGCCGGCACGCGCCAAGCAGCUGGCCAAGGACCUGCCAAGAUUGGAAAAUAUGGAGACCAAGAUCGACAUCGAUGCGCUGGAAUCGUCCAAAUGGAUGAUGGGCGCGAAGGUGGUCAAGAAAACUGUACAGAGCAAGCAGGAGCAAUCACCUGGCACCCCCGGUUCGGAAUUGCUUCAGAAGAAGAAACAGAAGCGCAAGCGCAAAACGAAACUGCCGCCCAAUGCCGACCUCUCCAAACCUCCGGAUCCAGAAAGAUGGCUACCAAAAUACGAGCGAACGGCGUACCGCAAGCGUCGCGGCGUGCGGCGUGACGUCAUCAAGGGCUCGCAGGGGAUGACCACCACUGCCACAGACCAGUACGACAUGAGCAAGCAACAGCCGAGCGCGGCGGCGGCCACGGCUGCCAAGAGCCCGCGCGUGGAACCGAAACAGCCCGAAAGCGCGUGGCAGCGUAAGCAGCAGCAGAAAAAGGGCAAGGGCAAAGCCCGCAAGUGGUAGUGGAUAAUAAACAUUGUUAUAUAGAAAAAAAA